AUGAACAAAAGCAGCUUUAAGCAGGACCAUGAUCUCGAAAAGAGAAAAGCUGAGUCUUCAAGGAUCAGAGAGAAGUAUCCUGAUCGAGUCCCGGUGAUUGUGGAGAAGGCAGAGAAAAGUGAGAUCCCAAACAUCGACAAGAAGAAGUACCUUGUCCCCGCGGAUCUAACUGUUGGCCAAUUUGUGUACGUGAUUCGCAAAAGAAUCCAACUUAGUGCAGAGAAAGCUAUCUUCAUCUUUGUCGAUGAUGUUCUUCCUCCCACCGGAGCGGUAAUGUCGACCAUCUACGAGGACAAGAAAGAGGAGGAUGGAUUCUUAUAUAUUACGUACAGCGGGGAAAACACCUUUGGAUUGUCGAUGGAUCUAUGA